AUGGAUAACUCAUCUGAUCCAGGUCAUAAUUUAGAAAGAAUUAUAAUCGAGAAUACUCUCGUUUAUUCCAUUCAACUCUUUUUAGGGUUUCGUCCCUCUUUUCGUCCUUCGCUUCGAUUUCAGAUAUUUCUAACAUCGUCUGUAAUUUAUCUGUUUAGCGUCGAUCGAUACCCGAUUGAUAUUUACACGCCGAUUAUGGUUUUUGUCCAGGUAUGGCGGUGGAUCGCAGAGCAUACCGGAGACCAAGCAAUAUUACGGAGCUGCAAUUUUAUAAUAUUGGAUGACUCAACUUCUGAAGUGUAUAUGCUUCUGUGA